AUGGCUUCCUCUGAGUCCCUUCCCGAGACAAUGAAGGCGGUUGUCUUCCAUGGGCCUAAGAAGAUUCUGCAGGAUUCAAAGGACAUCAUUGUGAAGGUGCAAGCCACGGCGCUAUGCGGCUCUGAGCUCCACGUUUUCCGUGGCCACCAGCCCUCUGAGACGGGCUUUAUCAUGGGCCAUGAAUUCGUUGGAACCGUCGUGGCAACCGGAAGCGACGUGAAGACGGUCAAGGUCGGCGACAAAGUGGUCUCGCCGUUCACCGUGUCCUGCAACAACUGCUUCUACUGCAACCUCGGCUGCUCCUCACGCUGCAAGCACGUACUCCUCUUCGGCUGCGCCGCUCUGGACGGCGGCCAGGCCGAGUACGUGCGGGUGCCGUUCGCCGACGGCACCGUGAUGCCUGCGCCGCGUGAGAUUGAUGACCAUGCGCUCGUUCUCAUGGCCGACAUCUUCCCGACUGGCUUCUUCGGCGCACGCAACGCCUUCUCCAUGCUCCCGCCGCAACUGCCGCCGUCGGAGGCGACCGUCGUCGUGAUCGGGUGCGGGCCCGUCGGCUUGUGUGCCAUUGUGUCGGCGCUCGAGUACAAGCCGAAGUAUUUGUUUGCUGUGGAUGGCGUGCCGUCAAGGUUGGAGCUGGCGAAGAAGCUUGGCGCUGUGCCGUUGAACUUCAAUGAUGGGAAGGAGGAGAUGAUCAAAAGGGUGAAGGAGGUGACGGAUGGGAGGGGCGCUGAUGCUGUGAUUGAGGUGGUUGGUCUGAGCCCCGCGCUGAGGACAGCGUUCGACCUUUUGAGGCCGUUUGGCGUAAUCAGCAGCAUUGGUGUGCACAAUGCCGAGAUCCCCUGGAAUGGUGCUGAGGCUUAUGGAAAGAACAUCAAGAUCCAGAUGGGCCGCUGCCCUGUGCGGUCCAUCUUCGAAGAUGCGCUGCCGGUGCUGGCAAGGAACCAGCACAAGUUUGACUUCAUGUUCAACAAGAUCCUGCCCCUCACACAGGCCGAGGAAGGUUAUGACCUAUUUGACCAGAUGAAGGUACAGAAGGUCAUAUUCACGCCAUGA